AUGUUCGCCGUACCAGGCUGGUCUGUCUCGGCGGAGGGCCCAAAAGCCGAGACCCAGAGCGCCAAGAAGAAGAACAACACCUCAAAGAACAACAGCGCGAAGAAGCGCAAGAGAGCCGAAAAAGAGGAAAAGAUCCGCGGAACGGGUGCAAACUCGGUCAUCGUCAACCAGCGCGUGUUUGGCGAGGGGAAUGAUGGCGAGCCGGUGAAGGGGGCGAAGAGAGCCGCGCCCGUGACCGAGGGGGGGGAUGACGCCGCCGAUGAGGCGACGACACCCAAGCCGAGCAAGAAGCAAAAGAAGAACCAAAUGGACUCACAGGAGACGCCCAAGUCCGAUAAGAAAGACAAGAAGCAGAAGAAGGACAGGGCGAGCAAACGCGAUGACGAGCCGUCCUCCGGAACGCCCUCCAAGGCCCAGAAGCAAACGCCCAGCAAGGAAGCCGCUGCGGACGACAAUAAGAAGGCCACAAAGGAAGCAGCCGCCGCCAUUGCCGCCUCCGUGCCUCCCAUCCCGCCGCCCGCGGCCAAGCUCACUCCGCUUCAGCGCUCCAUGAGGCAGAAGCUCAUCUCGGCGCGCUUCCGCCACCUCAACGAGACGCUCUACACCCGCCCCUCGGCCGAGGCCUACCAGCUCUUCGAGGACUCCCCCGAGAUGUUCUCCGAGUACCAUGAAGGGUUCCGCCGCCAGGUCGAGGUCUGGCCCGAGAAUCCCGUCGACGGCUACAUCCGCGACAUCAAGCUACGCGCCAAAGCCCGCUACCCCAGCGCUCGCGGCCGUCCCGGGGCGCAACCCGUGCCCGCCGGGCCCAUGCCGCUCCCGCGCACCGACGGCGUAUGCCACGUCGCUGACCUGGGCUGCGGUGACGCCCGUCUCGCGUCGACGUUGGAGUCCGAAGCCAAGAAGCUCAAGCUCAACAUCCUCAGCUACGACCUAUACUCCCCUGCCAAGCAUGUAGUCAAGGCCGAUAUUGCCAACCUGCCGCUGGCCGACGACUCGGUCGACGUUGCCAUCUUCUGCCUCGCGCUCAUGGGCACCAACUGGCUCGACUUUGUCGAGGAGGCCUACCGCAUCCUCCAUUGGAAGGGCGAGCUUUGGGUUGCCGAGAUCAAGUCCCGCUUCGGCCCCGUGCGCCAGAAGAACGCCGUGGUCUCGCACAGCGUUGGGAACCGCAAGAAGGCUGCCGCCGCCACCAAAAAGGCCAAGGGCGGCGACCCGGAGGAGACCGAGGCAGAUCGCGUCGCCCUGGCCGUUGAGGUCGACGGCCACGACGAUAAGCGCGGCGAGACGGACGUCUCGGCCUUCGUCGAGGCCUUGAGAAAACGUGGCUUCGUACUGGCGGGCCAGGGCGAGGGCAACAAAGGCGCCGUCGACCUGUCCAACAGGAUGUUUGUCAAAAUGCACUUCAUCAAGGGCGCGGCACCCAUCAAGGGCAAGGGUCUUGCCGCAGCCAAGGCGGCCGGGUUCGUCGAGAAGGAAAAGAAGCAGAAGCGCUUCGUGUGGGAGACCGAGGAGGACAAGGUCGACGAGACCUCUAUCCUGAAGCCGUGUGUGUACAAGAUCCGGUGA